GUUGUACAAAGGAAAAAUAAGUGUAAACAACAUCCAAUAAACAUCGUCAUUGUCUGCUGAAAAAAGGAAUCGCUGCAAUUUUGUACCUCUUAUUUGCCAUUAUUCAUCUUCAAUUUCCUUUUGCCCACGCAAUAUGUUUCAGUUCAAUGGGUUCAACAUGAUGUUUCCGGACCAUUCACGCCCGUUCAAUACGACGUAUAAAUGCUACUCAGUCUCGAUGCUGCCAGGCAACGAGCGACAGGAUGUAGAAAAUGGAGGCAAAAUUAUUAUGCCUCCUUCGGCCCUGGACCAGUUGACGAGGUUGAAUGUGGUGUAUCCGAUGUUGUUUAAGAUCACGAACGGCUCGAUCAAUCGUAGUACACAUGCGGGUGUGCUGGAGUUCGUGGCGGAUGAAGGUAAAAUCUACAUGCCCUACUGGAUGAUGCACAAUCUGGCGUUGGAGCAGGGUGAUAUAGUUGAGAUCGAGAGCGUCUCUAUACCAGUCGCAACGUAUUCGAAGUUUCAGCCGCAGAGCGUAGAAUUCUUGGAUAUUACAAACCCAAAAGCGGUGCUCGAGAAUUGUCUGCGAAAUUUUGCUUGUCUGACGACUGGUGAUCUCAUUGCGAUAAAUUAUAACAACACAACGUAUGAACUGUCGGUGUUGGAGACAAAACCUGGCCCAGCCGUAACAAUCAUUGAAUGUGAUAUGAAUGUCGAGUUUGCCCCACCGAUUGGUUAUACAGAACCGGAACGAAGGGAAAAAGAGGAAGAACCAAUGACGAUCGACCCGACGGAGUUAAUGCCGGAACCAACGGGAUUCGUUGCGUUCAAAGGCGAGGGUACUAGAUUGGAUGGUAAGAAGAAGAAAGACAACGGAACGAAUGAUGUUCCUCCAGUGCAGCGGCAAGCAUACAUACGAGGCAUCCCUGAUUAUGAUUAUCCGUAUGGAUUGCUAAGGUUUGAUCGCAGCAUGCGAAAAAUGGAUCAAGACGAGCCGAAAUCGGAAGACAGCAAAUUCCAAGAAUUUCAAGGUGAAGGGUGCAGUUUGAAGAAGAAUCGAAAAUAGACAUGUGCGAUCUCCAGUAAAUCAAUGAAGCACUGUCCCAACGUGUGUUGUCGUACGUUCUUUCGUGUGUUAUAAACUUUAUAUUUCUGUCUCUUCAUAACUGAAGUUAUAAAUUCCUGUCGUAGAUAAAAUUAUGAACUUAAUGACAUUCGCGAUUAGCUUGUUUGAUGGUGAAAUUCCUCAGGACAGAUUUCCUCCUUGUAAUACGGUUCAAUGUGGGAUUCGAAUGAAUUAAUACACGUUUCGCUUAUACCACGUUUUA